AUGUCAAAAUAUGUACUUUUGCCUAAAACAACUACUUUAUUGCGCGGUCGUGAAUUUCAUCUCAUUUCAUCUAUCGAUAUCGUACAGCCCUCGAGACAGCCUAUUCUCGGACUUGUGAGUGCCAGGGGACUGCACUCCCGGCGAAUGGCCACACGACUGCGCUGUACCCUCGUCGGUGUCGGUGCUGGCAAUGGAGAUCAAGUAAAACCGACUGAUCCUUCCGGCAAAUGCAAGAAUUCGGCCAUUUCAACCAGGCCUUCCACAGCCAAGUCCUCUACCGUCGUGUCUUUCAGUCGACUUCCGAGUUCCCGGAUUUCGACGACCGUCGAAUGUGCCGACUCCGACUUUAUCCCCAUCAGCGACGUUGGCAUGGCAGCAAUCGCCGUUGGCCCACAGAGCCCGGCAUUUUCACACUCAAGCUCGGCUCUUGCUGUUGCAGCGCCAACCUGCAGCCCCUCGCCCACUGACAGUCCAGCCGCUUGGGCGUGUCAACUUUCCUCUCGACCCGUUGGCCCCUCCUGUUCAUCUUCUGCCCACCUCCUCGUCACAUCCUCGCCAACCUGGUCCGUGUCGACGCCAGCUCCGCCGGCCCCAGUUGUCACUUCGCCUUCUUCCUGCACACUCCGCAGCGCUGGUCCCGCCUCGUUGCCAACAUCACCGCAGAGGCCGGAAAUCACAAAACUCGACUGUCGACCGCACACUCGGUUGUUCAUACAAUCGGGCACCACAACACAUAUGUGA